AUGGCGUCCGAUCCCAAAUUUGUGAAGGCGGUUCCCACCACCAAGCAGCGAAUAAAACGGGUAUCAGGAGACUUUCUGUGGGUCAAUUACCAGGAUGAUAAGUCCCAGAACCGUGAAGCCGUUCGAUCGAAACAAUCCUUUGUACGAACGAGGCAUCAUCGAUUGCAAAGAGAGAAAAAAUCGCUUCAAUCGAAAUUAAUCGCACCACCCGCCACCAAGCGUCGGCCUCCAACAUCCAAGACCAGUGUCCUCGGUGAAUCUACAUAUGGUCGCUAUGAUCUAUCGAGUAAUCAAGACGACGAUGAUCAUUCUCCUGAGCAAUCUGUCAUAUCGCCAUCCCUCGAAGUGGGGGUCCUGGACGGAGUUCCCGAUCUAGUCAUCCAUACGAAGCAUAAUCCGAAUGUGUACUUCCAACACUAUCAUGUCUUUUCGGCGAGAUCAUGCUUUCCUCUUUGCCCUAACGAACUGACCUUCUGGUUCUGGAGGAAAGUGCUCGACGACCCCCCUUUGAUGCAAAUAAAGCUAUCAAUCAGUGCUUCUCACCGAGCAGCAAUCCUCAAGGCUUCGGGAGCCCCUGCUUCGAUUGUGCAGAAACCCACGCAGGAUACGCUUCGCCUUCGUCUUGGAAUGAUCAAAUCAAUUCAAGAGAUCUUUCGGAAUGAAAGCAAAUUAUACACCGAGUCAACGGUUUUCGCCAUAUCUCACCUGAUUGUUUCCGAAGGCUUUGACGGUAAUAUAGAAGCCGUCGAGGCGCAUAUGAAUGGAAUGAUAAAGAUAAUAGCCGUGACAGGCGGAUUGAAUGAACUUGAUGGAGGAACUCUCUCCAUGAUCUAUAGCUGUGUAUUUUUGCACGGAAUGAUAAAAAGCAGAUCACGACCAGCGAUUCCUAUGUGUGCCAAAUUUGAGAACCGAGUUCUGGAGCAGUCCAUGAUUAUCAAGGCGAGCAAUCGUGCUACGAACACGAAAGCCUCCGCAUUAGGAGCUCGCUUUUUCAAUGCUCCAUGGUCGGAUGAGAUCCAACCGAAGUUCAAGUCGCUCAUUUCCUGGUAUCAGCAGUUGGUCUCAUAUUAUGAGAAUCUGAGCACUAUUUCUGCUGAGCCGAUGUCGGUUGAGAAUGAUUGUUUACUUUAUCUAACGCAUCGUCUAUUAUCGCUCCCAUUUGAGAUCUCCCUUUCACCAUUCGAGGAGAUUGUGCGACUUUCCAUCCUAGUCUACUCCUCUAUACGGGUUUGGAGUCUGUAUGGGAUGCCAUGCUUAGAGGUGCUGCUCGAAACGCUCCAGCACAGCCUGUGUAAGAGCUACCGUACUCUCCAGGGUGCAAAGAGCGAUCUGCUAUUCUGGAUUCUGUUCGUGGGUAGCCUGGCAUCCAGGGGGAUGGAGUGUCAUUCAUGGUAUUUGGCCCACCUCGUGGAUGUUGCAGAUCAAUUAUCUCUGGAGGGCUGGGGCAGUGCGAUAUCAGUAUUGCAAGGAUUUCUGUUUGUUUGCCGGGCAAGUGAUGAACCGGCGAAGGAACUAUGGAAUUUCACACUCCGAGGAGGUAGCAUGACUGGACUGGGAAUUGUGACCGCCCCGAUACACAAUAAUAUGGUAAUUAGAUGA